GCCAAGGCAGACCUGUUACACUUGCCUGAGUUAGGCAUUGUUUGCCAUGCCACUAAACCUGCCGUCAAGUGAAACCUUCAUUGGGGAAAUGAGAUCGGAGUCUGAACCGCAGAAGAUGGACGCCCUGUCUCUGUUUUUUAUUGUUUUACUUUAAUUUCAUUUCUUUUUCUUUAUUUUGUCCCUUUUUUUUUUGUUUUUGUUUUUGUUUUUGUUUUGUUAAAUCUCUCUCACUUUAACUUGUGAGCUGGUUUUCCAGUUCUUUGUAAAUGGUAUUCCAUUAAGGUUCAUAACGUGUUGCAAAUUAUAUUGGGAGAUAAUUAACACAGCUCAACCUUAAGACAGAAUAAAUUUUUCAUGCAGUAAAUUAAAAUAUAGUGUUGAGAAGCUAGUGUGAGUCUUAAUUGGUGUUUAUAGAUUGAUCAGGUACAUUUUAUACUUAACAUUAAAACACUUAUGAGGAUCUUAGGAACACUUCCUGAUCUUAGUGUAACAUUUUUAUAGUUUCCCUCCCCACUCCAAGACUUUAUCUCAUAAAAAUGAAUGGAUGGCUUUUAAUUUUCAUCCGUCCCUCUAGAAUUCUAGGCAUACAAAAUCAUCAAGGAAAAUAAGCAAGUUUCUUACAGUGCAUUGGUAUGGGGAAGGUCUUUCAUUUUAUGAUUGUUCAUUAUACAAUUUAUUUCCUUGUCUUAUGAAGACUUUGUUGCCUAUGUGGGGAAAGGAUAUUUGAGAAAAUAUUGAUUAUUUAUUUGUGUGCGUGUUUUUCUGUUUGCUUGAAUUUUUUGUUGAAAAUUCUUCAGAGGUUACCAGUUUCUAAAUGGCUUCUGAGGUUAGGACUCAAGUAAUAUGAGAGAUACUAUUUUUCUCUCCAUUACUAAGGAAUAUAGUUUGGGGAAAAUGCUAAAUCUGAUUGUUUAAAUACUUUUAUAUACUCUGAUAUUAUUUAGAGGAUAAAUUUGAUAGGAUUUUAUUUCAGAAAUUGAGCAAUGGAACUUUUUCUUAAAAUACCUUUAAUAGAAUAAGACAGGUAUAAUUGAGCUUAGAGUUCUAGAUUACUCUCAUGAAAGGCAAUGAUAGUCUGACUUUGAAGCCAAAAGAGACUUUCUAAUACUAAGUGAUCAACUUUUGGCCCAUUUAAUCCCCUUUUUGUUUGURUAAUUUUUCUAUACUGUUUCUAUGGAUAGUUUGGCUUAUUAAUUGACAAGUAAUAUUAAACUUGGAAAUCAUUUUUUUUUUUAGGUGUAUAAAUUUUAGGGUACUGAAGCAUAGAAUUUUCACCUCAGGACCCCAGUUUUAUUAAGGAUAUUCAGAUUUUAUAAACCUUUUUUUUUWAAAGUCUACAUAACAGAUAAAGUGAGUGUGAUAUCAGUGUAAAUAGUAUAGUAUCAAUGUGGGUGUACAAAAAUACAUGUGUUAAUAAGUAUUUAGUGACUAACACAUACAAAAAUAGGUUGUUAUUUAAUGUCUUCAGUAAGACCUACCUUUUGUUUAUCUUUAUGCAUGUUAAACAAUCUAUUCUGUCAGAAUUUACAUUGAAAUAAUAAAAGUAACUUUUUGAAAUUAGGCAAAGUAAUAUAAAUUUAGAUGCUGCAGAGUUCUUAAAGCUACUACAAUGUACCUUUUAUUCUGUUCCUGUAGAUAAGACAUAAUUAAUAUUUAAAGCAAGUUUUAAGUUUCAUCUUGAAUUCCAUCCAUGUUUAGAGAUAUAUUCAGAUAAUAACGUUCAGAGAUUGAUCUCUAUACAUGGUUGUUUUAAAUAGGAUUUUUACCACUGAAACCAGGAAAAUUUACUACAUUAUAUUAUAUUUCAGCUUAGUAUGAUUUUGUACACUAUUUUAAAACGAUUUUGACCAAGUUCUUAACAGAAAUACUUAGCCAACUACAGUAUGACUAGUUMUAAAUGUAUCUACACUUAGUCAACUUUUACAGAAUUUUUUUUUUUGCUAAGAUAAAAAUGUGUGAAAGUUGCAAUCUUAAUAAAAAUUAUUUGAUUAAAAUCAGCAGUUACAUGGCAAAUGAUGUACUUUAAUUUUUUUCAUUUUUUUAGGUUGUAGGCAUUUUUUUAGUUUUUAAGAUUAUUUUAGUGUUACUAUUGUUAUUAACCAUUUAAAAUGUUUAUAAGCAAGACAUUUAAGCAUUAAUCAUUUCUCUUCAGAUAAGUAUAUAUGUAAAUUGGUUCUAAAAGUUACAUUUUAAGAAGGUUCCUGAGACUAGGGGAAAAAAUUUUUUGUCAUUAAUUCUCACAAAGUUUUAGUGAUUAUUAUUAUUUUUUCCAAGGCAUAUUCUUUGAAACUGGAUUCUUUUUAGGCAUCAUUGAUCGUUGUUGGUGAGAUGCCUUAUUAACAGAAUGGGUAUAGGCUUCCUUUUAAAUUGAAGCUGAUUACAUGAAGUAGGUUUAUGUUUUCUUCUGUUUAUUUGAACUUGAAUCUGUUGGAGGGUUAUCACAAUUGUUUGCAUCACAAGAAGAUAGUUUCAGUAACAGAAUAGUGGCACUCAUUAAGGAACAAAUUUCAAUUCGCACAUAUUUGUUUUUUCUUUUUCUUUUUUUUGACUAAUUUGGUUAUUUGCCAUUUCUGGGGAUUAAACUUUAAAAAAUGUUCUUCUUUUCUGUAUCUGAUGUUCUGUGUGCUAUUAGUGAUGCAGCCAACACGAACGGUUGUCAUGUGUAACACAACUUUCGAUCACCGCGAAAACACCGUCCUGGGAAAGCGUCCAUGCUUGAUAUCGUUUGGUUCAUGAACAUUAAGUUUCCAGUACAGGUAAAAUCCCAGAGGAAUCGAAAGCACUCUCUUUAUUGGCUCCUGCUCCAACUAUGACAAGUCUGAUGCCUGGUGCAGGAUUGCUUCCCAUACCAACUCCUAAUCCCUUGACUACUCUUGGUGUUUCACUUAGCAGUUUGGGAGCUAUACCAGCAGCAGCACUAGACCCCAAUAUUGCAACACUUGGAGAGAUACCACAGCCACCACUUAUGGGAAAUGUAGAUCCUUCUAAAAUUGAUGAAAUUAGGAGAACAGUCUAUGUUGGAAAUUUGAAUUCCCAGACAACAACAGCUGAUCAACUACUUGAAUUUUUUAAACAAGUUGGAGAAGUGAAGUUUGUGCGGAUGGCAGGUGAUGAGACUCAGCCAACUCGGUUUGCUUUUGUGGAAUUUGCAGACCAAAAUUCUGUACCAAGGGCCCUUGCUUUUAAUGGAGUUAUGUUUGGAGACAGGCCACUGAAAAUAAAUCACUCCAACAAUGCAAUAGUAAAACCCCCUGAGAUGACACCUCAGGCUGCAGCUAAGGAGUUAGAAGAAGUAAUGAAGCGGGUACGAGAGGCUCAGUCAUUUAUCUCAGCAGCUAUUGAACCAGAGUCUGGAAAGAGCAAUGAAAGAAAAGGCGGUCGAUCUCGUUCCCACACUCGCUCAAAGUCCAGGUCUAGCUCAAAAUCCCAUUCUAGAAGGAAAAGAUCACAGUCAAAACACAGGAGUAGAUCCCAUAACAGAUCCCGUUCAAGACAGAAAGAUAGACGUAGAUCUAAGAGCCCACAUAAAAAACGCUCUAAAUCAAGGGAAAGACGGAAGUCAAGGAGUCGUUCACGUUCUCGGGACAAGAGAAAAGAUACUCGAGAAAAGAUCAAGGAAAAGGAAAGAGUGAAAGAGAAGGAUAGAGAAAAGGAAAGGGAAAAAGAGAGAGAAAGGGAAAAAGAGCGUGAAAAAGAAAAGGAACGGGGGAAAAACAAAGACCGGGACAAAGAUCGAGAAAAGGACCGGGAAAAGGACAAAGAAAAGGAAAAAGAGAGAGACAGAGAAAAAGAGCAUGAAAAGGAGCGAGACAAAGAGAAAGAAAAGGACCAGGACAAAGAGAAAGAACGAGAAAAGGACAGAUCCAAAGAAAUAGAUGAAAAAAGAAAGAAGGAUAAAAAAUCCCGAACACCACCCAGAAGUUAUAAUGCAUCAAGAAGAUCUCGUAGUUCCAGCAGGGAAAGGCGGAGGAGAAGGAGCAGGAGUUCUUCCAGAUCACCAAGAAUGUCAAAAAACAUAAAAAGGAAGUCUUCUAGGUCUCCAUCCCCUAGGAGCAGAAAUAAGAAAGAUAAAAAGAGAGAAAAAGAAAGGGAUCACAUCAGUGAAAGAAGAGAGAGAGAGCGUUCAACUUCUACAAGAAAGAGUUCUAACGACAGAGAUGGAAAGGAGAAGUUGGAGAAGAAUAGUACUUCAGUUAAAGAGAAGGAGCACAAUAAAGAACCAGAUUCAACUGUGGGCAAAGAAGUAGAUGAUAAGGAUGUACCAAGGACUGAGGAAAACAAAGUACAGCAAAAUGGGAAUUGUCAACCAAAUGAAGAAAACCUCUCUACCAAAACAGAAGCAGUAUAGGACAGACUUAUGCACCUCUGCACUCAAAGGUGGAAUAAAAUCCAAAGCUUUUAAUUCUCUCAACAAGAUGUAAACAGGGAAGAAAUCUAGCCGAAUAUGAAGUUAGAAGCUAACAGCUUUUCUAAUUGUUAGGUGAUGUUAUGGACAUCUUGUUACUGAGUAAGAAAAUAAAGCAUGGACAUCAUGAAAAUACCAGAUGUUACCCAAACCCCUCAUCUUCUAAAAACUGUGUUUCCAUGGUGGCUGACACACUUGUCAUGUGAUUGUUAGUGUUUGCCAAGAACCAUUGCAAAUAAAUUGAACAUUAUUGAUCCAAAUUUGUACUUUCCCUAGAGACUGGAGGUAAACAUUGGAGGCUCUUAAAAAAAAAAAAAAUGCUAGUUACUGAAUUUUGUAUUGUUUUACUUUUUUUAAAAAAAAAUUUCGAUAUAUACAGUUUGAUGRUGUGCUUGAAAUUGGUGCAAAUAUAUACACACCCUUGUAAGUGCAAAGUAUGUAAGAAGUUUUAACAUUUACUUCACAGGAUUUACAGUGAUUGUGUUAAAUUCUCACUAUUGUGUUUUCUUUUGCUCACUGUUUAGGACAGCAGUUUUUCUUUAAAAUAGUUUUACAAUUAAAAUUGCUUAAAUAAGUGGAUUAAAAAACAACUGACAAUGCAUGCUACUGUUCUUUUUCAAAAGGAAGAGUAACUGUGUUGAAUACUAAUACUAAUGUAUUAGUAUUCAGUGUUUAGAAUCAUUGGGUCUACCCACAAACAGAGUAAGCAUUUCUUUUUGAACUUUCUUGACAUUUCCAAGUUUUAUUAUGAAUAAUAUUGCAGUGUGACUUGUCAGCUGUAGGUGGCAAGGAUGCCCUCAUAAAAAGGAAACUGGGUUUUCAAAAUGGGCUACGGGAGCACAAGCUAAAGCUUUAGUGCCUUCUACAAUGUGGUAUACUGUUUUCUAGAAUUUUAUAUGUGCUAGUCAUUCUCAAUUCAUAUGGAAUCUAGGUAUUCACACCAUAGAGAAGUAUGCAAGUGAUAUGUCAGAAGAGCUUAACUUAGUUCACUUCAUAUGAGAAGGAAACCUUGUUUUCAAGACUGACUUUAGAGUUUAAAACAACAGUGCAGUUUUGGGACCAUCAGUUUUAUAUAUAACUGUGAUAACUAAAAAUGAAACAUGCUCUAUUUUCCUCAAAGGAAACCAUUUAGUUGACUACAUUGGAUGGCCUUAAUUUUUACCUCUCAAUCAUUUUCCCAUAAACAAUCUGCAGAAAUUAUACUUAAAGGGAGGACAAGGAAUAUAUGGGAGGUUAUUUGUUUUGUUUAAGACUAUGUUUACUUGAGUUUAAGAUACAGGUCAUCCAUCAUUCACUUUUUGCAGAAAGUAUACAAGUAGUAAAAUGACAACAUAUCUAAUAUUUUCCCCCAAAACUAUAACUCGUAGUUUCUGAACUCUUUUCAUUAUUGUUAUAUUUCCAAAAGUACUUUUAAUUAGCAUUUUAUUAARAAUCAAGUAUAAUUAUUUUAAUGCAAUCUAAUACAAUCAAAUUACUCAGUUGCCUUACCUCAUGGGACGAGUUACUUUUUACAGAUUUAAAAAGCUGAGUAGCAUGUUAGUUACUUGGUUUCAACUUGAGUCUUCUUUUUAAAUGUUAAUACUGUUGAAACUUAAGUAUUUGAUGGAGAAUGGAAAGAGUUGUUCUUUUUGCAAGUUAUGAAGCCUGGUUUGAUUUUGAAGCUGCUUAAUCAUCUUCAUAUGUUCAGAAUUACUGUGGUUUUUUUUUUUUUCUCCUUUUUUGUCACUGUGUACAUUAAAAUUUUGGAAAAUGCUUUACUAUGUAAAGUAUAGGUGGUCAUUGUAAUCAUUCAACCACAUAAGGUUGGCUGGUAAACAGUUUAUUCUGAUACAAGAAUGCUUGGGUGCAUAUGGAAAGAUUGUGAAGGAGUGUGUGUCUUGUAUCAACAGCUGUCUUAUUUAUGAUAUGUAAGUAGAAUAGAGCAAAUGUUGUUUGAAUCUGUUAUUUUUAGUACCAUUUCUCUAAUAAAGCUAAGUAUUUUAGAGGAAAA